UUAAUUUGAAAAGGAAAAAAAAGAAAAAUAUGCAAAGACACUACAAUUAGAUUCAUAAGAUUUGUUCAAUCCUUUAAAUAGUUCAUAUAUUCUAUUCUAUUUUUAUGCUACUAGAUGUUAACUAAAUUACUACAUUGUGUUUAUGUCUAUUACAUUCGUCGUAAUUUUUUGAAAAUUUUAAUCUACAUCACUACUGGAAAAAGGGACAUAGUAUUUCAAUAUGGUGGGUCGUUUUUGAAGUACGUGUUCUAGUGUUUUUUGUUUCUGUUUUAAACAGCGAUACCCAUUGAUAAAGAUCUUGAUAAGAAAGUGGGAACUUGAUGAUUAAAAAUCUUGAUAGGAACAUACAAGUUUGCGUGAAUGACAAUUGAUGCAUACUCCGUAACAGUUCAUGUUUUUACUUGAAAUGGAUUAUCAUUGCCGCAACGUUCGUAAAAAAUCAUGCGUAUGUUAUAUUUCCAAAUGUAUUAACAGUGAAAAUAGUGCACUAUAUUAUUGGUAUACUAUUGUAUUGUAAUGUUAUCGUUCUGUACUGUGACAAGUUCGUAGAUCCACCAGACAAAAUUUACAAAUAUAUUGUAUAAUUAUUAUGUACUUUGAAGUGGAGUCUGUCCAAAAGUAUCCAACUACAAACAUGAACAAGUCAGUGGAAGAUUUGCUAAUAUCUAGCCGUGAAGUUAUGACUAAUGUAAGCUCCACCGGCUUAGAAAGUCAGAAUCCAACAAUGAACAUAGGUAAUGGUAUAUCGGAUAAUGUUCAAGAGGCAUGUACUGGCAGUGGAGAAAAAAAUAGCCCAGUUUCAAGUCCAAAUUUGUCUCCACGUCCUAGUCCAAAAGUACGUAAUAAACGAGAUCACUCCAAAGCAAAUCAUGAUUCAAAUACCAAAGAAUCUAAUAAUGUGAACAAACUUGAUGAUCAGCAACAACAGGAUGUGACAAACAAAUCAUCAGAUUCUUCCCAAACUGUAAAAAGUUCACAUGAUGGAAAGAAGGAAACACGGAGUAGUGAACGAAAUAAAAAGAAAUCUUGGUAUCACGUUUUAUAUCCAACAUACAAAUCUAGAUCAGAUGACUUUAAGCGUAUUUUUAAAGAUGUGCCGGAUGAUGAAAGAUUAGUCGUUGAUUAUUCAUGUGCACUCCAGCGUGAAAUAUUAGUUCAUGGAAGACUCUAUGUAUCUCAAAAUUAUGUGUGCUUUUAUGCAAAUAUUUUUAGUUGGGAAACUCUAGUAUGUUUACGUUGGAAGGAUGUUACAUCUAUUACCAAAGAAAAAACUGCACUUGUGAUUCCUAAUGCAAUUUUAAUAUGCACUGCCACUGAUAAGUUUUUCCUGACAUCUUUUGGUGCAAGAGAUAAAACAUAUGUAAUGUUGUUUCGUGUAUGGCAAAAUGCUCUUAUUGGCGAGCCAAUGAAUGCACCUGAAAUGUGGCAACUUGUACAUUCUUGUUAUGGAGAUGAAUUGGGUUUAACAUCAGAUGAUGAAGAUUAUGUUCCUCCAUUACCACCAGCUGAUGAAGAGAAAUUAUCAACAAGAUUAUCCGUAGAAUCUUUUUCUGAGGUAGAAAGUGGUAAUGUAGAACAUUCAGUAAUUGGAGUGCCAGAUACAAUCUCUGAAACAAAAGCAGAAGUUCAUCAUUUGCCUCGACCAGAUCCUAUUAUUGAUGCAACUGACCUGAGUGAUACAACAGAAAGUGUUCGAAGCAGUAUAGUAUGUACUUCACCACAUGAAGGUCGUCAAAUAAGCAAGGCCACACUUCCUGUUCACAUUGAUCAAUUAUUUACCUUAUUGUUUACAAAUUCAAAAUUUUUCUUAGAUUUUCAAACUGCUCGUAAAACUACUGAUUUAGUACAAUCAGAAUGGACUCAAAAUGAACAAACUGGUCAAAAAGUUAGAAAUCUGUCAUUUACAAUAGCACUAUCUCAAGCUAUUGGACCAAGAACUUCUCAUAUUUCAGAAACUCAGAUUAUGUUGCCAUGUAGCAGACCAGGUCAUUUAUACAGCAUCGAUGUAGAAAGCGUGAAUGCUGGAAUUCCAUACGCAGAUUCAUUUUCUGUAUUAAUUCACUAUUGCAUUAUGAGCAUUUCUGAAAAUGAAACAAGUAUUGUAAUUUAUGCUCAAAUAAAGUACAAAAAGAAUGUAUGGGGUUUUGUAAAAAGCGUUAUUGAGAAAAAUUGUUGGGCUGGAUUAGAUGAAUAUUUUUCGAGCUUAAUAAAAGCGUUAACUAUGGAAUGUGAAGAAAAUAGUGGAAGUGGAGGAGUAAAAAGAAAAGCAAGAAGAAGACGUCGUCCUGGUAUUUCUUUACAAACUCAUUCCUCAGAUCAUACGUCUUCCACUCUACAAAAUUCUUUAAAUUUGCCACAUAUUAACGAUAAUACUGUUCCUGCUACUCGAGGUGACUCUAAUAUGAUAAUUAGUUCAAUGCUGUUGAUUGCUGUCUUAUGUUUGAUGAUAAUUAAUGGUUUAUUAUAUUAUAAAUUAUGGAGUUUAGAAGAAGCAGCAGCCUACACUAUCAUGGAUUUACAUGUAUUAAAAAAUACACCAAAAACCGAUGAAGAUUGGAUUCACUUAUUACAACAACAAGAAAGUUUGCAUAAUAUAGAAAUGAGAAAAUGGCAAAGAGUAUUACAUACUGCUGCACAAUUGCUUAGACAAACAGAAGAAUCGUUAACAGAAUUACAAAUGAGUAUUCAUCCAACUGCGACAGAAAAAAUGUUCUCUGUGUUGAAACCGAGCUUGAAAACCUUUAAUUCACGUACAGAGCAGCGAACUCAUUCAGAAAUGUAAAAAAGAAUUAUGUAAAAAUAUCCCGAUAAAGAUAAUGUAAGUAUUAUGAUGCGAUAAGUCAUUAAAAAAAGUCAUGAUUCUAGUAAACUUUAAGUGUACUUAAUAAGAAGAAUAUUAUACCAAUUAUUGUUGCACUUGCUAUGUACUAACUUAUAAUUAGGUACACAAGUGCGCUCUGUGAUGAUGACAAUUGUUGAUAACUCCAAAUGCACAAUACACAUACAAACUAUUUAUGAUCAAUAGAAACUGCAAUUUAAAUUUGUUUGUUUUUAUUAUUUUCAAUAUUUCCAGUUUACAUUAUAUGUAAAAAAUUUUUUUAUAUAGGAUAUUAAAUUAAGCUAAGUUAUACUUUUAAUAUAUUCUUAUCGUACACAACAAAAAAGAAUAAAUAAUUUUUAGAGCAUUAUUGUAUUGCAAAUAUUUUUUGCAUUUGAUAAAAUUCUUUUUUUCCACUAGCAUUAUGAAAAUAAUAGAAGUACAAAGAGUAUAAAACAUUAUGAAAAAUAAUAAUAAAAUAAUAAAUAAUAUAAAAUAAGAUUAUAUGAGCUUAUUUAAUUUAAUAUAUGUAUAGAGUUAUAAAAAUAGAGUUAUAAAAAAAAACUAUCUUUACGAAAUUCUUUUAAUUAAAUAAAAUUUAUUUGUCGUCUGGCUUGUUAAAUACAAGAGUAUAGCCGCACUUGCCACAAUAGGUCUUUUAUUGCGGCCAUGAAAACUCCUGCACCACACUGUUCCAUAGGGCAUUCUCUUCUCAACCUAUGGAUCUUUCCGUUCUCAUCCACCUAUUUAAUAAAAUUUAAACCUAAUGAGUUUUUUUAUUUUUGUGUUUGAUUUUUUUAGGAGUGGAAUAAUUCUCCUUCUUCCGCUUUUUCGUUCCACCUCUUAAACGAAGCACUAAAUGCAACGUAGAUUCCUUCUGAAUAUUAUAAUCAGACAGAGUUCUACCAUCUUCCAGUUGUUUUUCAAACGUUACCUUCCUUAUCUUGAAUUUUUGUUUUAACAUUUUCAAUAGUAUCUGACGCUUCGACUUCGAGCGUGAUAGUUUUUCCUGUCAGAGUUUUAACAAAUAUCUGCAUGAUGAAUUUGUAACUGCGAAACAACAAAAAAUUUAUUUUCCGCAGUUUGAAAUUUUUAUAAUAAAGAUAUUAUCUACUUAGGUUAUUUAUGAAAUUUUAUUAAAAGUUAUUAUUUAGAGAAAUAUUCCAAGGAAUUGAGUAACAAAAUUUUUAUUAUAAAUAUCAACAUACAAACAAUACAAUUCACAGAAAUAAUUUAUACGAGCAAUACAGCAUUAAUGCAUCCAUCAUUUUCAGGAUUAUUUGUAACUUGUGCAUAUUUUCCCCAAACUACUUUCCCAGAUUGAGUUACAAGACCUAAUUCUGAAAUGUUUAUUUCAAUAAUUGUUCCUUUUGUAAUGACACCUAAACUUGUGUACAUUGGUGAACUUGGAUUCUUCUUAACGCCAAUAAUUGGUAAACAAAAUGUGGCUUUUAAUUCAGGAUGAGUCACAUGUGCUUUUUUGAAACGGAGUGCCAUUGGUCUUAUGAAUCUCUCAAAUUUUGGUGGUUUUCUAGUAAAGUUCUCGCCAACAAACGUUACUUUUGUUACCAUUCUUUUCCAAGAUUUACGUUUAGACUUUCCAGUUCUCAUUACUUUAAAAACUUCAGAUUCUGACUGUGUCUUAACUUUUGGUAUUGGUACAUCCCAUUUUCCAACUUUUUCUUUACGUUUCUGUUUUAUCAUGUUUGAUAAUAUUUUUGCAUCUUUCUUAACAUCACGAUCCAAUAAAUAUACAGGUAAUGCUCCUUCUGGUACAUUGGAUGAUUUUUCUUUCACUUUCUUUUCCAUGUGGGAUUUGAUUUUCUUUUUCAUUUGUAUCUUCUCAUUUCUCCGUUCCUUAUUGAAAAUCUUUGCUUUUAUACCACGCAAUGUACGAGCACGUUCUGCUCGUUUAUGAGGCUCUCGAGCCUCUCUUUUUCUCUUUCUUUCCUCAUAAUCCAAGCGUCGUCCAUACAGUUUACGAUGUCUUUCAAUAUAUUCGUUCUGCGGCAUGAUGGAUGUUGAUUUUUUUGACUUCUUUUAUCUACAAAUUUUUUUUUUUAAGAAACUUACAUUUAAAAGAUAAAGUAUUUUUGUUUCAAAAAAUAUUAUAUAUAUUAUAUAUAUUUUAUUCAGAAUUUACCUAAUGAACUUUCUGACAUUAACUUAUUUCAAAAAUUUUUUUUUUUAAUUACAAAACACGAUCAAAGUUAUUUUAAUAGUAUAACAAUUUUUUUUACAUGAUUACAAAUGUAUUUAAUUUCAUAUAACAUGUAAUAGAUAAAAUUGAAAUUUCUUCUUCUGUUUAUUAUUAAACUGUUAUAUGUAAAAAAUAUUUAUUACAUAUCUACCUGUUUAUAUGUAUUUUUAUUCUUCGAUAUUUAUAUGCACUCAAUGUUAUUCAAAAUCAUUAUAUUUUCAUUAACUUUAAUAUUCAAAGGUUUGGUAUAAAGAAAUGUAAAUACAUACCAGAGAUAACAGGUUAUAUUUCACGUUUUUGUACAGUACAAUGUCACUGUAUAUUUAAAACAACUAUUAUAUUUAAUUCUUAAAUAAUUUUUCGUACUAGCAAUAUUAAAUUAUGAAUUAUAAUAAAUUAUAUUCACAUAAUUUCUCUGGAAAACAUAUACAAUCAUCAUUAUGUGCAACAUGUGUUGAAUUUUCAUACAUAUAAAUAACGAAAUAUUACUACUGUAAGCGUAAGACUUUAAAAAAAAAAAUGUAUACAAAGUAAUUAAUUAAAUAGAUAUUCAAAUAAUUACAAUUUAUUAAUAAUUUCUAGUAUUUCUAGCGUAACUUAUGUUCACUUAUCCCGUGAUCGUAUAAAAAUGAACUGGAAAAUGGAAGACAAAGAUUGUAAUGUUGAAGAAG